CAAACCAUCACAGCAUCCCACGUCACCUCACAGCCUAGGGGUGGAAAGGGUUAAUUAUUAAUUCUCAUUGGACUUACAAUUCUUCCUACAACUUUGGAUUACUAGAUUUAAGAUUCACAAUUCCUUCCAUCCGACUGCGACUGCUUCAGUGGGGCCAUCGCCAACCCUCACAAACAACCCUCGCAGAUCUCAACCAACCCUCGAUAUUCCGACGGUUCCCCUGACACGCGCAAUUGGCCCGUCGUCGAAUCCCCGACGAUGCGCCUCCGGAGCACUCGAGGCGUGAGAAAGCGCUAUGUCGAAGAACCCGCCGCUUUUGAUGAUGAAGAUGAGCCCAUUAUUGCGCCCGACGACCAGUCCAAGGAUGAUGACGACUUCGAUGAACAGUCAGAAGGACCACGAGCCGAGGACGACGACAGGGCGGACGACGGUGAUGCGACAAGUUGUGACGACGAUACCCCAGGCCAUGGGGGUAUUGCCGAGACGAAAACCGACCAAGGUCAACCCAAGAAGCAGCGCAACACUGGGGCCGGCAUGAUCCAAAGCCGCAAGGGCUUCCACGACAUCCCCCAUUACCCCCUGGAGACACGCAUCGUCACCCGCGUCUAUGCCGGGCCACUGCGACGCUAUGCCCGCUACAGCGCCCUCCGCGAUGCGAUGUACGGCCCAGAGUACGCGCGCAUCAAGGUUAUUUGGGACCUCGAGAUCCGUUGGGCAGACUUCCCGGUCCUGCCCCCGAGGCUGCCGCCCGAGGACCCGCAGGGCGUCCUGCCGAGCCCCUGGUUGCCAAGUGGCUACGAGCGCGGCCAGGAAAAGAGAGCAUUCCGUUGGUACGAGGAUGUCCGGGCUAACGUCCCCGAUAUCCAGCAUGCCCAUGUUCUCUCGCCCGAUGAGGGCCAGCGGUUGGUCCCUCAAACCGGGGGCGACAUCGUCACUCUCGUUGGGGCUUGGGAUAGGCAGAAAGAGUUUAGGCUCAGCCAGGGCGGGAGCCUAUCGACCUCACCGUCGGGGCUUCCGGUAGACGACCCUGACUCAAGUGACAGGACGCCAAGCGGCUGGACGCUUGAUGUGGGCGGCAUCCCACUUGCCAUGUCGUGGGCCCCGUUGUCCCGGGAUGAUAUCCAGGUUCUUGCCGUGGCGACAAUACCCUUUUCCGAUCAGGAGGCAGUCCCCCGGGAUGGGUCGGAUGAAGACACGGCCGCAAAAAAGACCGGGUGCAUUCAGCUCUGGGAAUUCGUGCCCGAAAAGCGUCCUGGGCAGCUCGCCUCCCCAUCCGCACAGCCUCCGAGGUUACGGAGUGUCGAAUGCUUCGACUGGGGCCGUCCUAAACGCGUUGCGUUCUGCCCGAUCCCGCUAGACUCAUCCGGUAUUUAUGGGUUGCUGGCUCUUCUGAACGAUGACGGAAGCGCUCGCGUUAUUGACGCCAGGGUUGUUGGUGACGAGGACGCCCCCCUUUAUGAAUGGAUGGAAUCGCCCCUGGUGACUCUUGGCCUGACAGAAGACUACGACGUCAGCGUCACCUGCCUCACGUGGGUUAAUACGAACCGGAUUGCUCUAGGCCACUCCGACGGCUCCAUCACCCUGUGGUCCAUUUACCCGCGCCAGUUGUUGCAGCGCGUGGGCGCCCACACCACCUACGUUAUCGACAUCUGCUCGGCAUACCCGUCGAACCCCUACCUCGUCGCAUCCAUCCCUGUGGGCGGCUGCGCGACCCUCACGGACCUGUCCCAGCCGAGCUCCGAGGUCACUUACUUCCCGGUCCCAGCCAUCAGCUUCCAGCCAAACCUGCUCUGCUGGAACGAGUCAAUGCAGGGUUUUAUGGCGCUUUACCCGUCAUCGACCCCCAACACGACCAUUGCUUUCCUUCACCACCGCUACUUCUGCCAGGCACGCAGCAUCACCACGGGGCCGAACACCCUCACCUGCGUCUCCUCGGGGGCGACACAUCCCUUCGUCCUAGUCGGCUGCGCAGAUGGGUCAGUGUUCUCGUGCAACGCGCUGCAAAAGCUAUUCAAGCAGAAGGGCGAGCCCCUACGCAAGCUCAAGAUCUUUGAGCACGAGUACCGGCCCAUCGACCAGGGGGCACAGGGCAAGCCUGAUGGGCUGGCAACGGCGGGGCUGAGGGGUGCGGCGAGGAUUUUGCAGGGCUUCCUUCCAGAAGAAAACGACGAUCCUAGGACGGAGAAGCGGAAAGAGAUGGAUAGGAAGAAACGGGCGGCUAAAAAGAAAAAGGCCGGGAAGAAGAAGGCCGGAGCCGACGACGAGGCGGAAGACCGCGAGGCUGAGCUUGACGAGAAGCUCGCAUCCCGGGUGAUCAUCCACGAGCCACUGACACGGGUAACGACUAUCCUGUGGAAUCCCAACGUGCAGUUUAGCUGCUGGGCGGCGUGUGCCAUGGCCUCGGGCCUGGUCAAGGUCAUGGAUCUCGGGGUGGAGUAAUCCCCCUUAGAUGUUCUCGCAGCGAGGUCAGCAUGAUCAGCAAGCUACGUUGUUGGCUCAGUACCCAUUGCAGGCAUCGAACACGACCUCCGGGUCAGCGUAGGAAGUCUUGUACGUCUAUUCCUCUAUAAACCGGUAUUGUUUGCUAGCCAUUCAACACUGUGACCCGAGAACGCUGUGGUGGUGGUCAAACGCUUUGCUCAUGCCGUACACGUGUGAGGCGGCCGCCAGUAAAACACAAACGUGGAAGAUCUGGUGUGAGCU